UCGCAAGUUGCAACGCAUUUUAGAUCCUUCGUAAACUGAAAUUUGUACGGUUUUCUUUUCACAAAAGCAGCAUCAGCAAUGGGGUGGGUAUGGAAGAAUGAUGAUGAUUCCGACUAUGUUUCCCCCUCCUCCGGUGACGUCGGCGAUCUUCUAGGGUCCUCAAAUGUUGCUGGUAACGGUGCCGGCGGCCGCUGCGCUACCAGGAAGGUCGUGACGUCGCAAUGCCGGACGGAGGAAGUGGAGCCUGGGAAAUUCAUUCGCAAGUGCGAGAAAACGGAGCAGGUCUUUAAAGACUGUGUUGGAAGGCCCAGUAAGAUGGUACAAUCUAACAAAGAGUACAAUGAGGAAGAUGUCACAGACCAAAUGGUCAAAGGGUCAUUUCCCUUCGAGUCGGCAGAACAUGGACCCUCUUACUUUCCUGGGUUGCGUAGUGAUAUACAAGCCAUUGAACGCAAUUUUGUUGGUGGCAUUGGCCGAUUUUUUCAAGCUGCUGAAGAGAUGAAGGAUGAGUUCUUCAAGUCACUUGGGGCUCCACACAUAUAUGAUGAUGAUGCUCCUUCAUCGCACAGGAAACAUGGAAUUCAUAUUCAGGGUGAUCACCCUCACACGGAAGCGUAUCCUAAGAAAAAUUCUGAGGGAAAUGUCGAUCUUUCUGGCUUGGCUAGAGAUGUUUGAAUCAAGAUAUAUCUGGAGACUAACUAGUCUCAUGGUUAUACAAUAAAAAUAACCCUAUGUUGAUGUGCCUUUUGAAUACAGCGCCUCAAAUCAUUUUUUCACCGGUUCGCAAUGAAAGUAGUGCUUCUUUCUCUCUGCGGUGUAUUAAUGUAGUUUAUUACAUUAUACUAACAACAUUCUAGUAAUUUGGGAACACAGCUAGAGAAAAACCAUAUGCUUUCUCUGCUCUGAUGAGGUAUCAAGGUUGUCGUAUAUGAUAUUUCUCCUUA